UUUCUAUAGUUGGGACUUGGAUGCCUUGAACUCUCAGCCUGGAACCAAACCACAGGUACAUUUUUCUGUGUGCUGGACUGCUGGAAUUCAGGUGAUUGGCUUGUUUCUUCCCCGUUCCAAGGCCUCGUGCUAGGGGCCGGUAUCUUCUCUCUAUGGUGCCUUGGUCUUCCCUCUCUGUGCUCUUUGCUUGUGUUCUUUAUGCAGCAGGCUGCCGGAACCACCUUGGAGCCUACACAAGUUUCUCCCUAGUCCCUUAGGUGUGUUUUUUUUUUGAAACGGUUUUUUACAAUGUGAUUAGGCUCUUCAAUGCAGGAGGUUGCCUAAUGGCAUACUCCUCUUUUCUUGUUGAGCAAGGAGAUGGGGGCAUAGUAUGCAUAGACUUGACUUCUUUCCUUCGCUUCCCUUUCCUUGAGAAACACCAGCACUGUGGCAAAAGAGGUUAGAAGUAGCGUGGUUUUGGUCAUCCUUGCUUGGAUUGCUUCAAGAGAAGUUUCCUCUUCCUUACCCAGAUGCUCGAAUUCGAUGUCGGGUAUUUCGGGGUUGCUUUCGUGGAGGUAGUAGUAGCUUCUUUCUUGCCCCCAUUUUGUCCUGCAGCUUAAGGCACCUGCUUCUAUAACUUCAGCUAAGAGUUCUACGAUUUCAUCAUGCUUUCCCUGCCAAAUGUCGCUCCUGGUAUUCCAUUCUCAAUACAAUUUGGUUUGGCACUCAAAUUUGGCUGAUUGGUUCUUGGAUUCAGGAUUCUUGGCACUUGUAGAAUACGGCGCCGAUCUUCGAUUUUUUUUGUUCCCCCUCCUCUGUGACAGAGCUCAUUAACUUGUUGAUGAACAAUCAGAUACAACUUGGCUGAAGAAAUACAUGCAUUCCGGCCAUCAUCUUCACAGUCCACCAAGCAUGUCGCCGUCGCUGCUGUCGAAGCUGCGGUUGGUCACCGUCGACGUGACGGGCACCCUGAUCGCCUACAGGGGCCAGCUCGGCGACUACUACUGCAUGGCGGCCAAGUCCGCCGGGAUGCCGUGCCCGGACUACACGCGCGUGCACCAGGGCUUCAAGCUCGCCUACGCCGAGAUGAGCCGGCGGCACCCGUGCUUCGGCCACGCCGCCGCCAUGCCCAACGCCGAGUGGUGGAAGAUGUGCGUCAGGGACUCCUUCGCCAUGGCCGGCUACGACUACGACGACGACACGUUCGAGCGGAUAUUCCGGCGCAUCUACGCCACGUUCGGCUCCUCGGCGCCCUACACGGUGUUCCCGGACGCGCGGCGCUUCCUGAGGUGGCUGCGGGGCAGGGGGCUCGUCGUCGGCGUCGUCAGCAACGCCGAGUGCCGGUACAGGGACGUCGUCCUGCCGGCGCUGGGGCUGAACCAGGGCUCGGAGUGGGACUUCGGGGUGUUCUCGGGCAUCGUCGGCUUCGAGAAGCCCGACCCGAGGAUCUACGAGGCGGCGCUGGAGGCGGCCGGGGGCGUGGCGCCGGGGGAGGCGCUGCACAUCGGCGACAGCCUGCGCAAGGACUACGCCCCCGCGCGGAGCCUCGGGAUGCACGCGCUGCUGCUGGACCGGUUCAGGACCGCCGAGGCGGAGAGCUGGCGGCGGUCCGGCGCGCCGGUGCUCCCGGACCUCGCCGCCGCGCGGGAGUGGCUCGCCGGGGAUGUCAUCAGGGAGGAAGCGGAGCCUGCAACGGCCAGGUGAAAAUGAAAUGCCCGGAAGGAAAGGAGAGCAUUUUGGAAAUUGAAAUGCUCUCGCCUGACAAUUAUUGCAAUUCCUGCUGCUACGACGGUGUGGAAGAUGCAGCGAGCCCCAGAGAAAAUGGCUGGCUGAAUGAGCGAGUGCUCAUCGCUGAUGUAAUUAGCUUCAAUCCGGAGGCCAAUGGCCAAUGACCAGCAUCGUCGUGUUAUCAAGAUGAGCAGUUCGUUCAGAUUUCAGAGUGAUCUACAACUGCAAUGUGACCCUACACAAUUUUGACACAGGGAUUCACGUAGAA